UUGGAUUUGUUAAAAUUAAUGUUAAGUUUUUUUGUCGUCAUACGUAUUUGCGUAUAAGUACUUUACUUUUGUUAAUUUAUCUUCCAAAAAUUUUAAUUAGUAAAAACUUCAAUCGAUCGGUGAGUCCAUAUAAAGAACACAAAAUAACAACACUUGGACCGUCUUCACUCGUAGACUCGUAAUGAGUUUGUAGAUGCGUGGAGGUCGCAGCCGCAGGUAACUGAGGAAAGCGAAAACUAUAGGCCUUCCAGCCGAAUUUUCAAUUACUGAAACGUGAAACUUCCUCCUAUUCAAUACUUAGCGGAGGAAAAUGGUAUCGCCAACGGAGACUGUCCGUCAGUGGGUUUCUGACUUCGUUGAGAAAAAAGAGCCGAAGUAUUCUUAUAAAGUGCUGUUGAUUGGAGAUUGUGUUGGAAAAUCCAGUCUACUUCUGCGUUUUUAUGCCAAUGAUUUCAUCGAAGAUGCAGAUAUGAAACUCAUUCCAAUGACAAUUGGAUUGGACGUUAAAUCAAAAAUCCUAGAUAUCGAAGGUCCUGGUUAUAAAGAGCAAGUGACUCUAAAUAUUUGGGAUACUGCUGGCCAGGACAGAUUUCGGUCCUUAAAUGGGCAAUAUCUCCCGAGUGCGGAUGCGGUUAUUUUGUUGUAUGAUGUACGAAAUCUAAACAGUUUCAAAAACUGUCGGUAUUUUGUGGAGGACGUGGAGAAGUUUUGUGACGAUGAUGUAGUAAGGAUACUUGUUGGGAACAAGGAUGACUCUGAUGAUAGUUUAAAGGUCGUCUCGUCGCAACGCGCACACGACUACGCCGUAUCGAUAGGAUUUAAAUUCCUCGAAACCAGCGCAAAGGACAAUCGCAAUGUUUUUGAGCUGUUUACGAAGGUGGCGCAGCUCUGUUUUGCCCGUCAGAUGCAAAUGGAACGAUUACAGUGAAAACAAUAAUUGUCCCCGUCCACACACCGGCUCCGCUAGUCUUUGUGAUAAUUCACCCUUCCCCGUUUUGCCGUUCCCUCUGCUUAGAGCUUUCUCUUGAAUAUUGAUCAAGUAUGAAGGUUAUAUUUUGAAUAAGUUAUUGUUUUGUUUUCUUGGAGCAAGACGAUCUUACUUGUACAGUUGUACCAUUUGCUAUGUGCCUUGCUAGUUUGUGCUCCAUUUCCGCACCUGACACGUUGAAUCUUCACAUAUUUGUUGAUUUUGUACGAAACUGGAUUUCAAGAAAUGGUUUAUUUGUGGAA